GGAGGCAAGAUCCCUGGAUUCUUAUAACCCAUUAUAUUAAAUAAACAACAAUGCCAGGUCACUGACAGUUGAAAAGACUGAGAAUUAUAUAUUGUUGAUUGUAGUAAGUUACAAUAGCAGCAGUAAGCCAAUCACUCCAAGCAUUUUCAUGACGUUUGUUAAUCGCUUUCGAAAGACUGGAAACUAGCUGUUUUUGACGGUCACUUUCCAGCCAGGCAAGGCGACUGACAUGGCGAGUAACCUCGUCUCGAAGUUAUUUCGUCCCGCUGUGUUCACACAGCUGGCGUCUCUCCGUUCGGGAGUCGUUUCCCGGGGGAAGGCGGCGGCGGCGGGCAGACAUUUCUCCAGCGACCCGCCACCGGAGAACAUCAGCCGCUAUCCAGUUCCUUACAAGAAAGAGCUACCUUAUGAUAUAGUGGAGCUUAUGGAGGAAGUUGAGUCAAAGGGAGGCUUUUUACCCAACGUCUUCAAAGUCCUCUCUCAUAGACCAGCAGAGUUCAGAGCCUUCUUCGCCUACUACAACGAACUAAUGAACAAAGAGACAGGCGGAUUAACCAAGGCAGAUCGUGAGCUGAUCGUGGUGGCUACCAGUAUCCACAACAAGUGUCUUUACUGCGUGGUAUCCCACAGUGCACUGCACCGCAUCUACUCUAAGAAACCCACUCUUUCCGAUCAGGUCGUUGUUAACUAUGAGAAUGCAGAGCUGUCACCUCGGGAGCGUGCCAUGCUGGACUUCGCGAUGGCGGUGUGUCGCUGCGACACCAUUACAGAGCAACAUUUCCAGUCUUUGGAAGAAGUGGGCUUUGACCGUGAGGAUGCGUGGGACAUUGCUGCCAUCACCGCUUUCUUUGCCAUGUCCAACCGGCUUGCUCACCUCACAGACAUGAGACCAAACUUAGAAUUUUAUAACAUGGGCCGGUUACCACGGGACAAGAGCAAGGACAAAGGGCAAGGGAAAGUGGAGUAACAUUAUUACAAUUUACAGAUUUCAGCUUUAACAUUGGAAAUAGUCAGUUUUUCCCGAGAUCAUGAUUUAGGUUCCACAGUUGCUAGACUGAGUCAGGAUAGGCAUGGAGAACAACUACCGACUGACAUGGAAAAGAGUCAAAAUAACUGACCUCCCUGAUAUUUUAUUACAUGCUUAAAAUCACUCCAAAGUGCUUUUUACCUGCCCUUUACUUUAACAUGGCAUGUAAAAUUCAGGAUUCUAUAAAGUAUGUGUGCCUUUAAAACCGGUGCUCAUUUAGAUGAUGAAGAAGCAUGAGAGAGACUAUCUGAGUUUGAGUUUCCUGUGUGUGUGUUCUGAUGGGGGUAAGCAUAGGUUUGUUGUUAAUAUAUAGCAUUUGUCAUUGUGUGUAACUCAUUGUGUCUGCUUAUUUACCUUGAUGAUUUAAAUUUUAGGGGCCUCUGGUUGUUUACUGGCUACUUGCCAUAUGGAGAAAAGUUAUUUCUUUGCUGUUAGUUGUCUUUUACAUUACAUUUAAUGACACCGUUUCAUAAUUGUCUUUUACCUUCCAUGAUAAAACUAUG